AUGUCCGACAAAGAAGCUGCGGUGAUGCACCUGGAGAACCAGCCAGGCGUGGGGAUAUCUGCCGAAGAUGCAGAGUUCCUGUCGAACUUCCCGGAAGAGGCGAAGAAGAAAGUAAUUAGAAAGGUCGACAUGAGACUUGUUCCCAUGUUCAUUCUGUUAUAUCUGGUGGCAUACAUCGAUAAGACCAACAUUGGCAACGCCAAGAUCGAGGGCCUUCUUCCGAGUCUGCACAUGAGCGAUAUGCAGUAUAACAUCGCUUUGUCGAUUUUCUUCAUACCCUAUGUGAUUGCUGAGGUACCGAGCAAUAUGUUGUUGAACCGACUCAAGAGACCGUCGCGAUACCUGGGGUUUCUGAUUUUCUGCUGGGGUGUGAUCAUGCUUUGCACCGGGUUUGUACAGAACUUUGCAGGUCUGGUGGUGAUCCGCUUUCUAUUGGGUCUCUUUGAAGCUGGCUUUUUACCAGGUGCUGUCCUGGUGAUUUCGAAGUGGUAUCUGCCAAAUGAGACACAGACCCGGAUCGCUAUUCUCUAUACAUCUGCCGCUUCUGGCGGCGCUUUCUCUGGACUGUUAGCUUUUGCGAUCGCCAAGAUGGAUGGUAUAGCAGGCUACGAUGGCUGGCGCUGGAUCUUUAUCAUCGAGGGCCUCGCUACAGUUUCAAUGUCUGUCGCAUGCUAUUUACUCCUCUUAGACUCCCCAUCUCUAUCUUCCGGAUGGCUCACCCCUGACGAGAUCCGAUAUCUCGAGGUCCGCCAACUCGCCUCCAACAACCACAGCGGCCAUAACCACUCGGGAUUCGACAAGAAGCUCAUCACCAGCGUUCUGGCAGACUGGAAAAUUUACCUCCUCAUCCUGGCCAACUGGUCCAACGCCGUCCCCAAUUACGCUCUCAAGUUCAGCAUGCCCGAAAUCAUCAAAUCCAUGGGCUACGAAUCCGCCAACGCCCAGCUCCUGACCAUCCCGCCUUACGCCGUCGGCGCCGCAUCAGCCUUUGGCUUCUCCGUCUUCGCGGACCGUUAUUCCUGGCGCAUGCCUUUUAUCCUGAUCCCGCAGUGCGCACUGGUCGUCGCGUUCGGCAUCUUAUUCGCCAAGGCGGCCGACAUCGACAAUAACAUCGCGCUCUGCUACUUCGGCAUCUGUCUAGCCUGCUUCGGCAUGUAUCCUAUCCUUCCCGGCGUCAACGCCUGGAAUGUCUGCAACAUCCCCAAUCCGCACAAGCGCGCCGUGGCCAUUGGGUACCUUAUUUGUAUGGGAAAUGCCGGCGGCAUAAUUGGGAGUUACAUUUACAGGGAGAAAGAAAAGCCGCGAUAUCCCACUGGGUAUGGAACUUCGUUGGGAUUCACGGUGGCUGGAAUUCUGGCUGCCUGUGCGUUGGAAUUCUGUCUUUGGAGUGCCAAUAAGAGCAAUGAGAGGUUGACGACGGAGGAGAUCGAGGUAAUGUAUACGGAAGAUCAACUUCGUGAUAUGGGCGAGAAGAGUCCUCUUUUCAAGUAUACUCUAUAG